AUGUCUGCACCCAAGAAACAAAAGUUGGAACAAUACCAACAACAGCGGCUCGAACAUACGCCAUGGGUCGAGAAGUAUAGACCAAAGAAUCUUGACGACGUGGCAUCUCAGGAUCAUGCCGUCAACGUAUUAAAAAAGUCAUUGGUUUCGGCAAACCUUCCGCAUAUGUUAUUUUAUGGUCCUCCUGGAACCGGAAAAACUUCAACUGUUUUGGCGUUGGCGCGUGAAUUGUACGGCCCAGACCUCAUAAAAUCACGAGUACUCGAAUUGAACGCAUCAGAUGAACGUGGAAUUGCAAUUGUGCGUCAGAAAGUGAAGAAUUUUGCCAGAUUGACAGUGUCGAAUGCUUCGCCAGAAGACUUGGAAAAAUAUCCUUGUCCCCCAUACAAACUUAUCAUCUUGGACGAAGCAGACUCAAUGACUUAUGAUGCCCAGGCGGCUCUUCGUAGAACCAUGGAAACGUAUUCCGGAGUGACACGAUUCUGUUUGAUCUGUAAUUAUAUCACCAGGAUCAUCGACCCUUUGGCGCUGAGAUGCUCCAAGUUUCGUUUCAAGCCGCUUGCCAACGAUAACGCUGUUCAAAGACUUCGAUAUAUUGUCCAGCAAGAAGAGCUCAACGUAGACGAAGACGUAUUCUCUUACCUCCUCACCAUCUCAAACGGAGACCUUCGUCGAGCAAUUACCUAUCUCCAAUCCGCCGCUCGCUUGGCGUCGACCACUACCGAAGAAACCACCAUAUCUGCAGCAACUCUCCGUGAAAUUGCUGGUGUGGUUCCUGAAGAACAAUUGAAAAUCCUCCAUAAUACUCUCGAGGACAAAGACGUAUCUGCAAUUACCUCUGUUGUUGGCGAUUUGGUUCUGCAAGGCUGGGGCGCACAGCAAGUACUCGACCAGCUACACGAGUUGUAUGUGCAUAGUGACUCCAUUCUGACAGAGACCAAAAAUCGAGCUGCUCGGUUGAUGUUUGAAACUGAUCGUAGGUUGAACAACGGAGCCGACGAGCACCUUCAGUUGUUGAAUUUGUGCUUGCAGUUGGUCAAGUAG